AUGGACACCAUCGCCAAAUCUGGGAAGAGACCUGCUAGGCUUACCUCAGAACAACCACUGCCCACCCAACCUCAGAACAACCACUGCCCACCCAACCUCAGAACAACCACUACCCACCCAACCUCAGAACAACCACUGCCCACCCAACCUCAGAACAACCACUGCCCACCCAACCUCAGAACAACCACUACCCACCCAACCUCAGAACAACCACUACCCACCCAACCUCAGAACAACCACUACCCACCCAACCUCAGAACAACCACUACCCACCCAACCUCAGAACAACCACUACCCACCCAACCUCAGAACAACCACUGCCCACCCAACCUCAGAACAACCACUGCCCACCCAACCUCAGAACAACCACUGCCCACCCAACCUCAGAACAACCACUACCCACCCAACCUCAGAACAACCACUACCCACCCAACCUCAGAACAACCACUACCCACCCAACCUCAGAACAACCACUACUCACCCAACCUCAGAACAACCACUACCCACCCAACCUCAGAACAACCACUGCCCACCCAACCUCAGAACAACCACUACCCACCCAACCUCAGAACAACCACUGCCAACCCAACCUCAGAACAACCACUGCCCACCCAACCUCAGAACAACCACUGCCCACCCAACCUCAGAACAACCACUGCCCACCCAACCUCAGAACAACCACUGCCCACCCAACCUCAGAACAACCACUGCCCACCCAACCUCAGAACAACCACUGCCCACACAACCUCAGAACAACCACUACCCACCCAACCUCAGAACAACUACUACCCACCCAACCUCAGAACAACCACUACCCACCCAACCUCAGAACAACCACUACCCACCCAACCUCAGAACAACCACUGCCCACCCAACCUCAGAACAACCACUGCCCACCCAACCUCAGAACAACCACUGCCCACCCAACCUCAGAACAACCACUACCCACCCAACCUCAGAACAACCACUGCCAACCCAACCUCAGAACAACCACUGCCCACCCAACCUCAGAACAACCACUGCCCACCCAACCUCAGAACAACCACUGCCCACCCAACCUCAGAACAACCACUGCCCACCCAACCUCAGAACAACCACUGCCCACCCAACCUCAGAACAACCACUGCCCACACAACCUCAGAACAACCACUACCCACCCAACCUCAGAACAACUACUACCCACCCAACCUCAGAACAACCACUACCCACCCAACCUCAGAACAACCACUACCCACCCAACCUCAGAACAACCACUGCCCACCCAACCUCAGAACAACCACUGCCCACCCAACCUCAGAACAACCACUGCCCACCCAACCUCAGAACAACCACUACCCACCCAACCUCAGAACAACCACUGCCCACCCAACCUCAGAACAACCACUGCCCACCCAACCUCAGAACAACCACUGCCCACCCAACCUCAGAACAACCACUGCCCACCCAACCUCAGAACAACCACUACCCACCCAACCUCAGAACAACCACUGCCCACCCAACCUCAGAACAACCACUGCCCACCCAACCUCAGAACAACCACUGCCACCUACACCACCUCUGCAGGCUCUCUGA